AUGCCCCUCGUUUCCCCCCUUUGUACGUUCAGCCUCUUCCCUCCCUGCCCCUCCCUUCCUCCCCCCCUGCCCUUUGCUCUCCCCUCGUUACGCUCCCUUCUCCCCAUCCCUGCUGCCCUCUUACCACCAUCAGCCCAUCCCCACCACCAGCCCCCCUCCCACCCUUCUCUCCCCCCUCCCUUUCCCUCUCUCUCUUUCUCACACACACACACACGCACACUCCCUCCCCCACCCCCCCACCCACAUCCUCCCAUUCUGCCCCUCCCUGCCCCUUUCCCACCCCCUCGCACGCCCCUCACCUCCCACCUCCGUGCAACUGGUUUCCCCCCCCUAUGGUGCCUCCCUUGCAUCGCUCGCCCCUCUGCUCACCCUCUGCCCGCCCCUUUUCCGUGCCCUCAGCUGGCCCAGCCCCUGCCCGUUGCUGCCCCUCCCCUUGCCCCCUCAACUCCCCUGCCCCCCGUACACCCCAGUCCCAUCCAAACCGCCCCCACCCUCCCCCGGCUGCCCGUUUCCGCUCUCCACCCCCGCGACCGUGUGCGGCUUCCAACCGCCCAACGGUGGUGCGCACGGGGCCAUUACCGCCCCUCUCCCCUUAUCCCCCACCACGCCCCCAAGCAGGCCUUUCUCCCCCCAGCCUCCCGUCUCCCUGCCCUUAGUACCGCCGCGCUCUGCCCGUGCGUCACCCUUGCCCACUUCAUACCACCUCCCCCUUCUCCCCCCCCCCCCGGCUUCUCCCUAUCAUCACCCGCAUGUUCCCCCACUCCCCUGUCCACAACGUCCCUCCACCCCCCUUCCUGCUUUCCCCACUCCCACUCUGCCCCCCACACCUCUACGAGCCGUACUUCCCCCUCCAGCCUCCCUUUCCCCCCCAGCUACUUCCGCAUCCAGCCCACCUACCCCAGCCUCCCUCUACCUCUCCCUAACUCCACACCGCCGUUCCUACCCCCAGCCAAGGUCUACACCCCUUGCUUUUGCUCCCUGGGCUGUGCCGUCCCCAACCUCCCUCCGCCUUUCCGCGGCACCAGACCGCCUCUCCCUCCCCCAGCCAACUUUUGCACCCCCUGUUCCUGCCCCUUGUGCCCUCCAACACCCUACCUCAACCCCCCCCAGUCUCCCCCUUCUCCAACACCCUCCAUAUUUCCUCCCCCCUGGGGCUCGCCCAUCCGCAGCUAUCACCCUUCAUCGAUUCCCCAAUUCCCUCUGUCCCCUGUUUCCCGGCCCCGCAUCCUAUCCUGCAUUUACCACAGCACCUCCUUUCGGUGCCCUCUCUGCCCUCCCACGUUCUCACCCCCCGCCUCCCAACCUUCUCAUUACCCGCUACCAGGCUCACGCCAACUCGACUACCCACUACCCUUUGCCCCUUCCUCUCUGUUCCCCACCCUUCCUUUCCCACCUGGCUCCACCUGCCCACCCCCACCUCCCGUGGAAUUCUGCCCUGCCCUCCCCACCUCUGGCCCACCACCUGUCCCCACACCCUGCUCACCCACCGCUACACCACCCCCGCCCCCCCACCUCCACUACAGCCCGCCAACACUUCCCCUCUCAAUCGGCCCCCAGCCCGCCCCCCCCCUUGGGCCCCAAUCCCCUCCAACUCACAUAGAAGCGGGAGAGGGCAGAGCCAGGGGGGAACUUGCAGCUGACACUGCACGGGAAGGGGUAAGUGAGUUUGUGUGUGAAGGAGCAGCAGAGGCUACAGAGGAUGGGGCAGCAAAGGCUGCACGGGAAGGGGCAAUGGGGGUUGUGGGGGAAGGGGCAGCAGAGGCUGCAGAGGAAAGGGCAGCAGAGGCUGCAAGGGAAGGGGCAGCAGCGGCUGCACGGGAAAGGGCGGCAGGGGCUGCACGGGAAGGGGCGGCAGGGACCGUGACUCUGGCCAGGCAAAGGGCAGAGGCCAUGGAGACAGGUUUUGCAGGAGUAGGGGCCACGGAACCUGCUGCUGUGUCGGCUGGGGGAACCGCAGCAGAGGAGGCUAUAGGGACCGCACCAGUCGAGGCUGCAAGGACUGCAGCAGGAGCGACAGAGGCCACAGCGGGGGCUGGUAUAGGGGGAGGUGCUACGGGUGCAGCGGGGAAGGGGGUAACGGGGACUGGUGCGAGGGAGAGUGCCGCCCCGGCUGUAGCAAGAGAGGGUACGGCAGGGGCCUCAAAGGCAGAAGGUGAGGCUGCAGCUGAAGCAGCAGGGAGGGCCAUAGCACGGCCAGUAGGGGCGGCAGGGGCCGCAGCAAACUCGGGGAAACACACAGCAGGGCCGGCAGGGCCGGCAGAGACUGCAAAAGGGGCUAGCAGUAAAGCGGCAGCAGGCGGGGUGGGCUUGGGGGACAUAGGGGCAACAGGGGAAGGAGAGGGGAGGGUGGUCCCGACCGGGGUGGGCACUGAAGAGGGGGAUGUGAUAGCGAUAGAGGAGGAUGAGGGAGAGGAUGUGAUGCACAUUGACGGGCCACUGGCCCAAUACCUCACGCUUGACGGUGAGGCCGACCCGGCCCCCCUGCAGCCUCACGUCGAGGUUCCCCCUCUACCCCCCAUGCCCGUCCCCAUGCUAGCAGAAGGACCGAUGGAGGGGCUGGGGGAGACCUUGAGGACAGAGCCGCGCGAGGGAGCCCCCAUCCUCACCUCCCGUCCUCCAGCCCACCAGCCCCCAGGAGCACCACUUCCCCACCCCCACCCUCAGGUCCCGGUAGUGUCCAGGGGGGCAGCCAAGGCCCUGGCCUUCUUGGCGGAGCCGUGCUCCCCGACCCCCACGCUGCUCCAUGGCCAGCCCCCCUCUCCGUCCCCAACGCCUGACCCCACGGUUGCAGGCGGUCCACCGGGAGAGCACGCGGGGCAGCACACCUCUGCCCCCACCCUCAGGGGCUCCUUAGAGCACCACGUGGAGCAGCCAGGGCUCUGCCCCUCGACCCCCACCUCCAACCCCCUCUCCCGGCCGGGUUCCCCACGAGUGGCCCCGUUGGGCAGCCAUCACCCCCCACACACAGCUUGCCCGAUCUGUUCCCACGGAGGGGGAUGUUUCGAGGAGAGUGGGGAUGCACACAGAGCACCCCCUGCCUGGCGAACCACCCAUCCUCCCUCCACCCACCCCUUUGGCCCCACAGCCCCCCCUUCCUUCACAAACAGGCGCGGACAACCAGGUUGGCCGCCGGCGGAAGAACAGGGGCAGAGGAGGCAGAGGGUCAGCCCACGUACUCCCCCUCCCUCCCUCCCCCACCAAGAGCCCCUCCCCACCUCACAUCCCGUUGAACAAUUACCAGGCCCUACCUCUACAGCCCGUCCACCAAACCUACACUCCCGCCCCGCUCCUGCACCUCCACAGGGCCAUGGGAGCGGACCAGCCCACUCACCCCCAUUCUGCCCCUCCCGUGCUGUGUCCCCCUCCCAGGUGGCGGCGGCCGCGAUCGCUACUGGGAGGGGGGCCGUCGGGUUGAGGGAUGCGCCCAUGGCAGACGCCACCGACUCCCCCUCCCAUCCCUCCCACCCCUUCCAUGUCGACGACCCCCUACCGCAACCCAUGGUGAUUGGGGAGGGCCAAGGGGGCCUUCUAGGGCAGGGUCCACACCCGAGCUCCGCUCAGCCAGCACGCCCCACUCCACCCUCUACCCUGCCAGCCCUCCUACUCUCACCUACAGGCAGGCAGGUCUUCGAGACCCCAGAGGAGGUGAGGGCUGGCAUUUCAGAUUUGCUGGCGAUACACCGCCUGAGCAGCUCUCCGGCUGCCCCCACCCUUCCAGUCCCACAGGACCGGACCCGGACGUAUGCGGAGGUCACCCGGUCUGUCCCUUCUUUUAUCCCCCCCGCCACUCAGCCAGGCGCGUCACUCCCGACCCCAAUGGAGACGGACCGGGGUCUGAGGCCGUGUCACUCGCACCUAGACGGGGUGGCGCCUCCCCCCGUUCAGCCCGUGGCGCAGGAGGUCACCAGCAGUAGGGAUGAGGCAUCCGCCCCUACCGAGACCCCUCCGCCUGGGGUAGCAGAGCCGUCACUUGAACCGCACCCCGCCGAGGGGCAGGAGCACACCACGGCACACACUUCAGGCUCACCUCCACGUCCCCCCUCCCCAGCUUCAACACCGGUGCCGGCACGAGGCCCGGCCCUAUCCUGUGCGACACCACCUCUAUCUUCGCUGACACCCCCCCCGCGCGGGGCUGGUGAGUCGUCUCCUCCCCUCAUCCCAGGCGAUCCUGUCGGAGCUCAGGCCGCCCACGGGGUCCCCUCUACAGCCAGUUCCGACGCCACGGCCCCGAUUGACCCCGCCGACACGGCGACAUCACCCGACCAGGUCGUGAGUUGCCCCACCUGCAGGAGCUCUCUCGCGAACCGACGCGCGCUCCAGCACCACAUUCCCUUCUGCCAUCCUGCGGACGCGGCUCGCAGGGCGCAGGCUGCCCAUGAUACCGCCUCGAUCAUCCCUUCCCUCUCACAGCCCCGUGCGACCGGGAUGCAGUUCACCGACGCACAGUGGCAGACGCUCGACUCGGUGGACUGGACAGAGUACUUCUCGCCCGAGCGUAUCCAUACACGCCCUCUCCGACGUGUCCCGGAGAGGGUCCGCGGAGGAUAUCUUGACGUCCUCAGUGCGAUCCUAGUCCGCAUUGCCCAGGACCCGGAGGCUGCUGGCCCUACCUUCCUCCUCGCUGCAGCGCCGACUCUUUUCCUUGUUCCAGCGACGCCACCCGACCGCUCGCACACGGCUGCCAUUGCAACGCGCAUCUCUCGCUUUGGUCGAGGUGAGUGGGCUGAGCUAGUCUCAGAUGCACUAGGCCGUCGCACACCCCUUCCUCGCCGCACAGGUCACCGGUCACGCACCGCCACCGAUCCCUCUGCAGCAGAUGAGCGCCGCAUUGCACGUUGCCUUCGUCUGGCAGCGUGCAAUGAGACCUCACGGGCGUGCGCGGCUCUCGAGUCCGCGGAGGCAGCCCCAGAUACACAGGGGACGAUACAGCGCCUGCAGUCGAAGCACCCCAACGCGGAGAGGCCGACCCCAGCUUGGCUGUCUGGCUUCCAGGGGUCCCCUCUCGUGCUCUCGGUGGAUCACUUACGCCGCGCGAUUUUCACAGCUCCGCGGGGCUCUUCGGGAGGACCGUCCGGUUGGGUCGCUGAGCACCUGCGAGACACUUUCCUAGCUUUCCCUCAGAGUCUCCAUUUCCUCCUGGCCGUGUACCAGCAGUGGCUCCGAGGCCGUUGCGCUCCAGCUGCGCGCUCCUUGCUAGCGUCCUCCACCCUCGUGGCUCUGGCGAAGUCGAACAUGGAUGUUCGGCCGAUUGCCAUCGGCGAGGUUUUGGUCCGCAUUCUUUCUCGGGCAGUUUGUCUCCAGCUACGUGACCAGAUGGCGAGGGUCUUCUUGGCAUCACAGCAGUUUGGGGUGGGGGUUACGUGCGGGACAGAGGUCGUAGUUAGAGGCGUCCGCCGCGCUCUGGCUGACCACCCAGACUGGGUGGUCCUGCAGCUAGACGUGGCGAAUGCCUUUAACUCUUUCCACCGAGACAGGAUGUUUCAGGCGCUGCAGGCCAGUCCGGAGUUUCAGUGUCUGAUCCCCUUCAUCGGCCUCUUCUACGGGACGCCCUCGGAUCUCCACUACAGGUCAGGCACGGGAGUGGUCACGAUGCACUCGGAGCGGGGCACUCGCCAGGGAGACCCUCUCAGCCCCUUCUUGUACGCUCUGACACAGCGUCUUGCUUUGGAGCCGGUUCUGGCGGAGGGGGAUGUCCAGCUCUGGUCGUACGCCGAUGACACGUACGUGCUAGGUCCCCCAGACAGGGUGCUGCACCAUUUUGCCGAGAUCGUGAGGCGCUUGGGCGAGAUGGGCCUUGCAGCCCAGCCGCACAAGUGCCUCGUCUACCAGACAGAGUCCUUUCUGUCCAGGGAUCUGGAGGCUUUCACGGGCCUAGGGAUCGAGGUCGCACGCCGAGGGCUCACCGUGACAGGCGUACCGGUAGGCACCGUUUCGUUCGUGGAGCAGAGUCUCCCGGAUCGUCUCGAGAGGAUGGGGCGGGUGCUACCUUGGCUUCCGAGGUUGCGCCAGCCCCAGACAGCUGCCCGCCUUCUUUCGGCGUGUGUCAGCACUCGUCCGCAGUACCUGUCGAGGACCGUCCCUCCUUCGCCCGCAGUGAUCUCCAGUUUUACACGGUGGGACGCACGCCUGGGAGAGACUUUUCAGCAGCUUUUAGCUUCAGGGACCUGGGCUUGUCGCGAGGACGUCCGAGAGGCCGCCCUAGACCAGAUCUUCCUCCCCAUCCGUCUCGGGGGUUUCGGCAUUCGUCGCAUGGCGCGCAUGGCCCCGGUGAGUUUCGUGUGCUCCUGGGUGCAGUGUGCACCCAUUCUCUGUUCUCUCCCUGCGUGUGGCGAGGUGUUUCGGCAGAGCUUCGCUUCAGGUGAGCCAGAGCAGAUCGACCGGGCUCUGCAGACGGCGCUAGAGGGUCUCCCUCCUGACGUUCUCUCUCUCCUUCCCCCCUGGCCCUCUUGCGCUUCUGCCUCCCCCGAUUCCCUUUUUGCAGGAGCGAGCCGUCUUCUGGAGGCGCAUGCCUUGGAGGCCGUGCGUGCCCGUCACACCUCUCCCUUGCACCUUGCCCGUUUGACUUCCCUUCAGGGCGGAGGUGCAGGAGCGUGGUUGACGUCGGUGCCGUACGCCGACCCACUGCGCAUCCCGGAGGCGCUGUGGCAGGCGGCUUCAUCUUCUCGUCUUGGUCUCCCUAUCCCCCAGUUAGCCCUUGCAGGUCAGUGCUCCUGCGGACAGGCGAUUGACGACAUGACGGUGCCUCAUCACGCGGUUCGGUGCCCGCGUUACGGGGUCGCCACUACCAUCCACGACACGGUGAAGUACAUGCUUCGAGACUUUGCGGUCGAGGCGGGCUUCGCGGUAAAGGUGGAGGACUCUACGCUGUUCACACAGUUGGAGGCGGCUCGAGCGAGACUACUGGGACAGCCAGUGGUGGGAGAGGGGACACGGGCUGAGGGACCGGGGGAGCGGAGAGGCGAGGCGGGACAGCCGGGUGGCGGGGGACAGUGGGGACGGCACCAGCUGCGGGGUCAGGUGGAGCGAGGGACAGGUGGGCAGAGGGGACGGCAGGGGGAGCAGACGGGCCAGGACGGGGAGGGGGGACGGCACAGGCAGCAGCAGGAGAGCCAGUGGAGGCCGCGGGCCCAGGGCGCCGCGCCUCCAGGUUCGGCCUCGGGGGCGGGGCAGGGGCGGGAGCAGCAGAGAGCGGACGGAGGUACAGGAGGGGCAGCGGGAUUGGGAGGGGAGGGCCAGGGAGUGAGAGAGGCAGCAGGGGAUGGAGCAGGGGGGUCGGGAGGUUUGGGGGAGGGUAGGGAGGGGGAGGGGAGAGGACAGGUGGAUGGAGGAGAGGAGAGGGGGAGAGAGACGAUCGGAGAGGGGGCACCAAGGGACCAGACAGGGCAGCAGCCAGCGCAACAGCAGGGACCAGUCGGACUGCACAGGCCGUCGGAUCCACAGCGGGAGGGGAACGUGCAGCUGAGACGGGCGACCCCCACACAGAUUGGAGUGGCAGCAGCUAGGCGGGUGCAGGAGAAGCUGCGUCACUGGGGGCCGCACUUAGAGGGGCUGCAGCCGGCACCACACUUUUACGCGUGCGUGGCGGAGACCUUUGGCCUUCUGAGUGAGCCGCUGCGUCAGUUUCUGGGGCUCUGCGCAAAGAGGAUAGCACAGCGGAGGAGGGAUAGAGGUGGGGGGGAUGACGGAUCGGCACGGAUAUUUGAGGCAGGACUCACUACACGCCUCUCCGUUGCACUGCAGCGCGCGCAGGCUCAAUGCAUGAUCCAGCAUGCGGUGCGGCAGUUAGGGAGUCACACCCCCUGCCCCCUCAUGCCAUCCGCUCCCCCCGCCCCUACCCUCCGCGUGCCCGCUCCCUUGCCGCCUCUUUUGACCCUCCCUGCCCCCCUCGCCGUUUCCCACCGCCCGCCAUUCGCUCCUCCCCGCCCGUGCGCUCCCCUCGUUUACCUUCUCCUCCCCCCUCCCCUCCUCUGCUGCACGCCUCUUCCUUCCCCUCGCCGACCCACUCCACUCCCUGCCCCUCCUCAAUCCGCACCCUGCCCCUCGUAUCUCGCCCCCCUAUGCUUGGUUUCUCCCCUCCCUGCCCCUCGCCGCCUUUCUCCGCCCCCCACCUCCCCCCUCUCCCUGCCCCCCCACUCUCCCACCCUUGCCCUUGGCUUCCUACCUCCCUGCCCCACCUUUCCCCCCUCUGUGUGCUCAGCUUCUCCCCUCCCUGCCCCUCCCUCCUCCCCGCCCUGCCCCUCGUUUUCCGCCCCCCCACGCCCGGUUUCUCCCCUCCCCGCGCCUCCCUUUCUUUCUCCGUGCCUCUCCUCUGCUCCCUCCCUGCCCCCGCCUGCCCAUGCCCCUGUCUUUGGCUUCUCCCCUCCCUGCCCCACGUUUCUUCCCUCCCUGCCCACCCCCUCUGCCCCUCCCUUGUUUUCCCCUCACCCAUUGCUUCUCCCCUCCCUGCCCUUGAUUUCCCGCACCCCUGCCCUUGUUUCCUACCAUCCAUGCCCCUCGUUUCCCCCCCUUUGUACGUUCAGCCUCUUCCCUCCCUGCCCCUCCCUUCCUCCCCCCCUGCCCUUUGCUCUCCCCUCGUUACGCUCCCUUCUCCCCAUCCCUGCUGCCCUCUUACCACCAUCAGCCCAUCCCCACCACCAGCCCCCCUCCCACCCUUCUCUCCCCCCCUCCCUUUCCCUCUCUCUCUUUCUCACACACACACACGCACACUCCCCUCCCCCACCCCCCACCCACAUCCUCCCAUUCUGCCCCUCCCUGCCCCUUUCCCACCCCCUCGCACGCCCCUCACCUCCCACCUCCGUGCAACUGGUUUCCCCCCCCUAUGGUGCCUCCCUUGCAUCGCUCGCCCCUCUGCUCACCCUCUGCCCGCCCCUUUUCCGUGCCCUCAGCUGGCCCAGCCCCUGCCCGUUGCUGCCCCUCCCCUUGCCCCCUCAACUCCCCUGCCCCCCGUACACCCCAGUCCCAUCCAACCGCCCCCACCCUCCCCCGGCUGCCCGUUUCCGCUCUCCACCCCCGCGACCAUGUGCGGCUUCCAACCGCCCAACGGUGGUGCGCACGGGGCGUUUCUUCGCACGGGCAAGCCUCCCCGGGGGCCCCCCACCCCGCUGGGUCGUUGGGCAUAAAUGGGUACAACACGAGGACUUCCCGGGAGGUCACCCAGCCCAGUACUGCUCUACGCUGUUCACACAGUUGGAGGCGGCUCGAGCGAGACUACUGGGACAGCCAGUGGUGGGAGAGGGGACACGGGCUGAGGGACCGGGGGAGCGGAGAGGCGUGGCGGGACAGCCGGGUGGCGGGGGACAGUGGGGACGGCACCAGCUGCGGGGUCAGGUGGAGCGAGGGACAGGUGGGCAGAGGGGACGGCAGGGGGAGCAGACAGGCCAGGACAGGGAGGGGGGACGGCACAGGCAGCAGCAGGAGAGCCAGUGGAGGCCGCGGGCCCAGGGCGCCGCGCCUCCAGGUUCGGCCUUGGGGGCGGGGCAGGGGCGGGAGCAGCAGAGAGCGGACGGAGGUACAGGAGGGGCAGCGGGAUUGGGAGGGGAGGGCCAGGGAGUGAGAGAGGCAGCAGGGGAUGGAGCAGGGGGGUCGGGAGGUUUGGGGGAGGGUAGAGAGGGGGAGGGGAGAGGACAGGUGGAUGGAGGAGAGGAGAGGGGCAGAGAGACGAUCGGAGAGGGGGCACCAAGGGACCAGACAGGGCAGCAGCCAGCGCAACAGCAGGGACCAGUCGGACGCACAGGCCGUGUAGGCACCGCCUCCCGCAUUCCAGACCCCACCUGCCGCGACGUUGGCCAGGGUCUGAUGGUUCUUGUGGAUGUCUCCAUAGCGGAUCCACAGCGGGAGGGGAACGUGCAGCUGAGACGGGCGACCCCCACACAGAUUGGAGUGGCAGCAGCUAGGCGGUCACACCCCCUGCCCCCUCAUGCCAUCCGCUCCCCCCGCCCCUACCCUCCGCGUGCCCGCUCCCUUGCCGCCUCUUUUGACCCUCCCUGCCCCCCUCGCCGUUUCCCACCGCCCGCCAUUCGCUCCUCCCCGCCCGUGCGCUCCCCUCGUUUACCUUCUCCUCCCCCCUCCCCUCCUCUGCUGCACGCCUCUUCCUUCCCCUCGCCGACCCACUCCACUCCCUGCCCCUCCUCAAUCCGCACCCUGCCCCUCGUAUCUCGCCCCCCUAUGCUUGGUUUCUCCCCUCCCUGCCCCUCGCCGCCUUUCUCCGCCCCCACCUCCCCCCUCUCCCUGCCCCCCCACUCUCCCACCCUUGCCCUUGGCUUCCUACCUCCCUGCCCCACCUUUCCCCCCUCUGUGUGCUCAGCUUCUCCCCUCCCUGCCCCUCCCUCCUCCCCGCCCUGCCCCUCGUUUUCCGCCCCCCCACGCCCGGUUUCUCCCCUCCCCGCGCCUCCCUUUCUUUCUCCGUGCCUCUCCUCUGCUCCCUCCCUGCCCCCGCCUGCCCAUGCCCCUGUCUUUGGCUUCUCCCCUCCCUGCCCCACGUUUCUUCCCUCCCUGCCCACCCCCUCUGCCCCUCCCUUGUUUUCCCCUCACCCAUUGCUUCUCCCCUCCCUGCCCUUGAUUUCCCGCACCCCUGCCCUUGUUUCCUACCAUCCAUGCCCCUCGUUUCCCCCCCUUUGUACGUUCAGCCUCUUCCCUCCCUGCCCCUCCCUUCCUCCCCCCCUGCCCUUUGCUCUCCCCUCGUUACGCUCCCUUCUCCCCAUCCCUGCUGCCCUCUUACCACCAUCAGCCCAUCCCCACCACCAGCCCCCCUCCCACCCUUCUCUCCCCCCCUCCCUUUCCCUCUCUCUCUUUCUCACACACACACACGCACACUCCCCUCCCCCACCCCCCCACCCACAUCCUCCCAUUCUGCCCCUCCCUGCCCCUUUCCCACCCCCUCGCACGCCCCUCACCUCCCACCUCCGUGCAACUGGUUUCCCCCCCCUAUGGUGCCUCCCUUGCAUCGCUCGCCCCUCUGCUCACCCUCUGCCCGCCCCUUUUCCGUGCCCUCAGCUGGCCCAGCCCCUGCCCGUUGCUGCCCCUCCCCUUGCCCCCUCAACUCCCCUGCCCCCCGUACACCCCAGUCCCAUCCAACCGCCCCCACCCUCCCCCGGCUGCCCGUUUCCGCUCUCCACCCCCGCGACCUCACACCCCCUGCCCCCUCAUGCCAUCCGCUCCCCCCGCCCCUACCCUCCGCGUGCCCGCUCCCUUGCCGCCUCUUUUGACCCUCCCUGCCCCCCUCGCCGUUUCCCACCGCCCGCCAUUCGCUCCUCCCCGCCCGUGCGCUCCCCUCGUUUACCUUCUCCUCCCCCCUCCCCUCCUCUGCUGCACGCCUCUUCCUUCCCCUCGCCGACCCACUCCACUCCCUGCCCCUCCUCAAUCCGCACCCUGCCCCUCGUAUCUCGCCCCCCUAUGCUUGGUUUCUCCCCUCCCUGCCCCUCGCCGCCUUUCUCCGCCCCCCACCUCCCCCCUCUCCCUGCCCCCCCACUCUCCCACCCUUGCCCUUGGCUUCCUACCUCCCUGCCCCACCUUUCCCCCCUCUGUGUGCUCAGCUUCUCCCCUCCCUGCCCCUCCCUCCUCCCCGCCCUGCCCCUCGUUUUCCGCCCCCCCACGCCCGGUUUCUCCCCUCCCCGCGCCUCCCUUUCUUUCUCCGUGCCUCUCCUCUGCUCCCUCCCUGCCCCCGCCUGCCCAUGCCCCUGUCUCUGGCUUCUCCCCUCCCUGCCCCACGUUUCUUCCCUCCCUGCCCACCCCCUCUGCCCCUCCCUUGUUUUCCCCUCACCCAUUGCUUCUCCCUCCCUGCCCUUGAUUUCCCGCACCCCUGCCCUUGUUUCCUACCAUCCAUGCCCCUCGUUUCCCCCCCUUUGUACGUUCAGCCUCUUCCCUCCCUGCCCCUCCCUUCCUCCCCCCCUGCCCUUUGCUCUCCCCUCGUUACGCUCCCUUCUCCCCAUCCCUGCUGCCCUCUUACCACCAUCAGCCCAUCCCCACCACCAGCCCCCCUCCCACCCUUCUCUCCCCCCCUCCCUUUCCCUCUCUCUCUUUCUCACACACACACACGCACACUCCCCUCCCCCACCCCCCACCCACAUCCUCCCAUUCUGCCCCUCCCUGCCCCUUUCCCACCCCCUCGCACGCCCCUCACCUCCCACCUCCGUGCAACUGGUUUCCCCCCCCUAUGGUGCCUCCCUUGCAUCGCUCGCCCCUCUGCUCACCCUCUGCCCGCCCCUUUUCCGUGCCCUCAGCUGGCCCAGCCCCUGCCCGUUGCUGCCCCUCCCCUUGCCCCCUCAACUCCCCUGCCCCCCGUACACCCCAGUCCCAUCCAACCGCCCCCACCCUCCCCCGGCUGCCCGUUUCCGCUCUCCACCCCCGCGACCGUGCGCGGCUUCCAACCGCCCAACGGUGGUGCGCACGGGGCGUUUCUUCGCACGGGCAAGCCUCCCCGGGGGCCCCCCACCCCGCUGGGUCGUUGUGGCGGCGGCCGCGAUCGCUACUGGGAGGGGGGCCGUCGGGUUGAGGGAUGCGCCCAUGGCAGACGCCACCGACUCCCCCUCCCAUCCCUCCCACCCCUUCCAUGUCGACGACCCCCUACCGCAACCCAUGGUGAUUGGGGAGGGCCAAGGGGGCCUUCUAGGGCAGGGUCCACACCCGAGCUCCGCUCAGCCAGCACGCCCCACUCCACCCUCUACCCUGCCAGCCCUCCUACUCUCACCUACAGGCAGGCAGGUCUUCGAGACCCCAGAGGAGGUGAGGGCUGGCAUUUCAGAUUUGCUGGCGAUACACCGCCUGAGCAGCUCUCCGGCUGCCCCCACCCUUCCAGUCCCACAGGACCGGACCCGGACGUAUGCGGAGGUCACCCGGUCUGUCCCUUCUUUUAUCCCCCCCGCCACUCAGCCAGGCGCGUCACUCCCGACCCCAAUGGAGACGGACCGGGGUCUGAGGCCGUGUCACUCGCACCUAGACGGGGUGGCGCCUCCCCCCGUUCAGCCCGUGGCGCAGGAGGUCACCAGCAGUAGGGAUGAGGCAUCCGCCCCUACCGAGACCCCUCCGCCUGGGGUAGCAGAGCCGUCACUUGAACCGCACCCCGCCGAGGGGCAGGAGCACACCACGGCACACACUUCAGGCUCACCUCCACGUCCCCCCCUCCCCAGCUUCAACACCGGUGCCGGCACGAGGCCCGGCCCUAUCCUGCCGCCCACGGGGUCCCCUCUACAGCCAGUUCCGACGCCACGGCCCCGAUUGACCCCCGCCGACACGGCGACAUCACCCGACCAGGUCGUGAGUUGCCCCACCUGCAGGAGCUCUCUCGCGAACCGACGCGCGCUCCAGCACCACAUUCCCUUCUGCCAUCCUGCGGACGCGGCUCGCAGGGCGCAGGCUGCCCAUGAUACCGCCUCGAUCAUCCCUUCCCUCUCACAGCCCCGUGCGACCGGGAUGCAGUUCACCGACGCACAGUGGCAGACGCUCGACUCGGUGGACUGGACAGAGUACUUCUCGCCCGAGCGUAUCCAUACACGCCCUCUCCGACGUGUCCCGGAGAGGGUCCGCGGAGGAUAUCUUGACGUCCUCAGUGCGAUCCUAGUCCGCAUUGCCCAGGACCCGGAGGCUGCUGGCCCUACCUUCCUCCUCGCUGCAGCGCCGACUCUUUUCCUUGUUCCAGCGACGCCACCCGACCGCUCGCACACGGCUGCCAUUGCAACGCGCAUCUCUCGCUUUGGUCGAGGUGAGUGGGCUGAGCUAGUCUCAGAUGCACUAGGCCGUCGCACACCCCUUCCUCGCCGCACAGGUCACCGGUCACGCACCGCCACCGAUCCCUCUGCAGCAGAUGAGCGCCGCAUUGCACGUUGCCUUCGUCUGGCAGCGUGCAAUGAGACCUCACGGGCGUGCGCGGCUCUCGAGUCCGCGGAGGCAGCCCCAGAUACACAGGGGACGAUACAGCGCCUGCAGUCGAAGCACCCCAACGCGGAGAGGCCGACCCCAGCUUGGCUGUCUGGCUUCCAGGGGUCCCCUCUCGUGCUCUCGGUGGAUCACUUACGCCGCGCGAUUUUCACAGCUCCGCGGGGCUCUUCGGGAGGACCGUCCGGUUGGGUCGCUGAGCACCUGCGAGACACUUUCCUAGCUUUCCCUCAGAGUCUCCAUUUCCUCCUGGCCGUGUACCAGCAGUGGCUCCGAGGCCGUUGCGCUCCAGCUGCGCGCUCCUUGCUAGCGUCCUCCACCCUCGUGGCUCUGGCGAAGUCGAACAUGGAUGUUCGGCCGAUUGCCAUCGGCGAGGUUUUGGUCCGCAUUCUUUCUCGGGCAGUUUGUCUCCAGCUACGUGACCAGAUGGCGAGGGUCUUCUUGGCAUCACAGCAGUUUGGGGUGGGGGUUACGUGCGGGACAGAGGUCGUAGUUAGAGGCGUCCGCCGCGCUCUGGCUGACCACCCAGACUGGGUGGUCCUGCAGCUAGACGUGGCGAAUGCCUUUAACUCUUUCCACCGAGACAGGAUGUUUCAGGCGCUGCAGGCCAGUCCGGAGUUUCAGUGUCUGAUCCCCUUCAUCGGCCUCUUCUACGGGACGCCCUCGGAUCUCCACUACAGGUCAGGCACGGGAGUGGUCACGAUGCACUCGGAGCGGGGCACUCGCCAGGGAGACCCUCUCAGCCCCUUCUUGUACGCUCUGACACAGCGUCUUGCUUUGGAGCCGGUUCUGGCGGAGGGGGAUGUCCAGCUCUGGUCGUACGCCGAUGACACGUACGUGCUAGGUCCCCCAGACAGGGUGCUGCACCAUUUUGCCGAGAUCGUGAGGCGCUUGGGCGAGAUGGGCCUUGCAGCCCAGCCGCACAAGUGCCUCGUCUACCAGACAGAGUCCUUUCUGUCCAGGGAUCUGGAGGCUUUCACGGGCCUAGGGAUCGAGGUCGCACGCCGAGGGCUCACCGUGACAGGCGUACCGGUAGGCACCGUUUCGUUCGUGGAGCAGAGUCUCCCGGAUCGUCUCGAGAGGAUGGGGCGGGUGCUACCUUGGCUUCCGAGGUUGCGCCAGCCCCAGACAGCUGCCCGCCUUCUUUCGGCGUGUGUCAGCACUCGUCCGCAGUACCUGUCGAGGACCGUCCCUCCUUCGCCCGCAGUGAUCUCCAGUUUUACACGGUGGGACGCACGCCUGGGAGAGACUUUUCAGCAGCUUUUAGCUUCAGGGACCUGGGCUUGUCGCGAGGACGUCCGAGAGGCCGCCCUAGACCAGAUCUUCCUCCCCAUCCGUCUCGGGGGUUUCGGCAUUCGUCGCAUGGCGCGCAUGGCCCCGGUGAGUUUCGUGUGCUCCUGGGUGCAGUGUGCACCCAUUCUCUGUUCUCUCCCUGCGUGUGGCGAGGUGUUUCGGCAGAGCUUCGCUUCAGGUGAGCCAGAGCAGAUCGACCGGGCUCUGCAGACGGCGCUAGAGGGUCUCCCUCCUGACGUUCUCUCUCUCCUUCCCCCCUGGCCCUCUUGCGCUUCUGCCUCCCCCGAUUCCCUUUUUGCAGGAGCGAGCCGUCUUCUGGAGGCGCAUGCCUUGGAGGCCGUGCGUGCCCGUCACACCUCUCCCUUGCACCUUGCCCGUUUGACUUCCCUUCAGGGCGGAGGUGCAGGAGCGUGGUUGACGUCGGUGCCGUACGCCGACCCACUGCGCAUCCCGGAGGCGCUGUGGCAGGCGGCUUCAUCUUCUCGUCUUGGUCUCCCUAUCCCCCAGUUAGCCCUUGCAGGUCAGUGCUCCUGCGGACAGGCGAUUGACGACAUGACGGUGCCUCAUCACGCGGUUCGGUGCCCGCGUUACGGGGUCGCCACUACCAUCCACGACACGGUGAAGUACAUGCUUCGAGACUUUGCGGUCGAGGCGGGCUUCGCGGUAAAGGUGGAGGACUCUACGCUGUUCACACAGUUGGAGGCGGCUCGAGCGAGACUACUGGGACAGCCAGUGGUGGGAGAGGGGACACGGGCUGAGGGACCGGGGGAGCGGAGAGGCGAGGCGGGACAGCCGGGUGGCGGGGGACAGUGGGGACGGCACCAGCUGCGGGGUCAGGUGGAGCGAGGGACAGGUGGGCAGAGGGGACGGCAGGGGGAGCAGACGGGCCAGGACGGGGAGGGGGGACGGCACAGGCAGCAGCAGGAGAGCCAGUGGAGGCCGCGGGCCCAGGGCGCCGCGCCUCCAGGUUCGGCCUCGGGGGCGGGGCAGGGGCGGGAGCAGCAGAGAGCGGACGGAGGUACAGGAGGGGCAGCGGGAUUGGGAGGGGAGGGCCAGGGAGUGAGAGAGGCAGCAGGGGAUGGAGCAGGGGGGGGUCUGAUGGUUCUUGUGGAUGUCUCCAUAGCGGAUCCACAGCGGGAGGGGAACGUGCAGCUGAGACGGGCGACCCCCACACAGAUUGGAGUGGCAGCAGCUAGGCGGGUGCAGGAGAAGCUGCGUCACUGGGGGCCGCACUUAGAGGGGCUGCAGCCGGCACCACACUUUACGCCACAGCGGAGGAGGGAUAGAGGUGGGGGGGAUGACGGAUCGGCACGGAUAUUUGAGGCAGGACUCACUACACGCCUCUCCGUUGCACUGCAGCGCGCGCAGGCUCAAUGCAUGAUCCAGCAUGCGUCACACCCCCUGCCCCCUCAUGCCAUCCGCUCCCCCCGCCCCUACCCUCCGCGUGCCCGCUCCCUUGCCGCCUCUUUUGACCCUCCCUGCCCCCCUCGCCGUUUCCCACCGCCCGCCAUUCGCUCCUCCCCGCCCGUGCGCUCCCCUCGUUUACCUUCUCCUCCCCCCUACCCCUCCUCUGCUGCACAGCCUCUUCCUUCCCCUCGCCGACCCACUCCACUCCCUGCCCCUCCUCAAUCCGCACCCUGCCCCUCGUAUCUCGCCCCCCUAUGCUUGGUUUCUCCCCUCCCUGCCGCCUCGCCGCCUUUCUCCGCCCCCACACCUCCCCCCUCUCCCUGCCCCCCCACUCUCCCCACCCUUGCCCUUGGCUUCCUACCGCCCUGCCUCACCUUUCCCCCCUCUGUGUGCUCAGCUUCUCCCUCCCUGCCCCUCCCUCCUCCCCGCCCUGCCCUCGUUUCCGCCCCCCCCACGCCCGGUUUCUCCCCUUCCCCGCGCCUCCCUUUCUUUCCUCCGUGCCUCUCCUCUGCUCCCUCCCUGCCCCCGCCUGCCCAUGCCCCUGUCUUGGCUUCUUCCCUCCCUGCCACCACGUUUCUUCCCUCCCUGCCCACCCCCUCUGCCCUCCCUUCCUCUUCCCUCCCUGCCCCUCCCUUCCUCCCCCCCUGCCCUUUGCUCUCCCCUCGUUACCUCUCCUUCUCCCCAUCCCUGCUGCCCUCUUACCACCAUCAGCCCAUCCCCACCACCAGCCCCCCUCCCACCCUUCUCUCCCCCCCUCCCUUUCCCUCUCUCUCUUUCUCAACACACACACACGCACACUCCCCUCCCCCACCCCCCACCCACAUCCUCCCAUUCUGCCCCUACCCUGCCCCUUUCCCACCCCCUCGCACGCCCCUCACCUCCCACCUCCGUGCAACUGUUUCCCCCCCUAUGGUGCCUCCCUUGCAUCGCUCGCCCCUCUGCCCACCCUCUGCCCGCCCUUUUCCGUGCCCUCAGCUGGCCCAGCCCCUGCCCGUUGCUGCCCCUCCCCUUGCCCCCUCAACUCCCCUGCCCCCGUUACACCCCAGUCCCAUCCAACCGCCCCCACCCUCCCCGGCUGCCCGUUUCCGCUCUCCACCCCGCGACCGUGUGCGGCUUCCAACCGCCCAACGGUG